GGCCUCCAGGCAGCCUUUCAGCAGCCUGUGUUGUGGCAUGGGGAGGAGCAACAGCUGUGAAAAGCCCACUGUUCACAUUCACUGCUGACCUCUCCUGGGAGAGUCUCUAAGAUGCACCCAUCGAGGCAUCUCAGGGUCUGCAGGCAGGUGUGUGUGCAAAUGGUACAAGACUGACAGUCUUGUAGCACUUUCCUCCUCUGGCUCAUGCCCACCUGGUGUCCAGUGUCCAGGGCUACAAAGGGGCUGCCAAGCAUGGGAGGCCUAUGGGCAGGACGUCCGCCUGAUGGCAACAGUGGACAUGUCCCCUCUGAGUGCAGCUCCUCGUGGGCUUGAGGACAGGAGGGUGGUUGGCCUUGGGGCCCAGCUUGGGCAGAGCUGGUAGUUGGGCUGCCAGUUGGGGGACUCUUAGGGCCCUCUUAUCUCCUAAUGUGGGCGGUGAGCAGGUAGAGGGUCCCUUUUCCAGGCUGUCAGGGCUGUCCCCUCAGCCAGGCACUGUGCUCAGGCAGCCUGCCCCUCUUGUCUUCCCUUGUCUCUUGCGACCUCCCUCCCUCAGGGGUCACCUCCUUUGGGGUUUCCUGUAGGUGAGACUCGUGUGUGCUCUUUUAGCAGGAGUCUCGUAAGGGGUGCUGUGUCCUUUGUGGCAUGACUGCAGGAGGCACAGCUAUCUGUCUCUCAUCUGAUGCCCACCUGGGUAUCAGCUGGUCACUCGGGAAGUGAUGUCUACACAGUGUUUCUACCUGGAGGCCCUGCUGUCUGUGCCUGAGAAGUGUUUGGUGGAAGCGGGGGGGAGGGGUCUUUGAGACUCUUUGAAUCUUCCCUUCCUCAACAAAGCCUCCAUUGGUGAUUUCUGAGGAAACUGUCGCUGCGGUUUCUGUGGUGGCUGGUGACUUCUACUUCCAUGUGAUCAGCUCACCUUCUGGAAGGAAGAACGUCUCAUGAACUUCAUUUGGUGUUAUUCUGUUGAUAAUGAUCUGAUUCAUUCUGUUCGCCUGAUGAGAGUGACUUCUUAUCUUGAAGCCCCAGUUGUUCUCAAUGUGGCCGAUGGAGCCCUUGGAGCCGGGGCCAGGUCCACUUGGGCCCAGUUCUAUUACAUUCCCAGCCCGGCCUUAUGUGAGCCAUGUGCCUGUGCCCCCAUGAACCUCACGACAGACGGCAGUGUGUCCAAACUGGGACCUGGGCCACCAAGGAGCACUUACUCCCAGGCCCUUCCAGUGGACAGAACUGGGAGAAGCCAAAGAUGUUGACCAGAAAGAUUAAGCUCUGGGACAUAAACGCCCACAUCACCUGCCGCCUAUGCAGCGGAUAUCUCAUCGACGCGACUACGGUGACCGAGUGUCUGCACACGUUCUGUCGGAGUUGCCUGGUCAAGUACUUGGAAGAGAACAACACCUGCCCCACGUGUAGGAUCGUGAUCCACCAGAGUCACCCACUGCAGUACAUUGGUCAUGACAGAACCAUGCAGGACAUUGUUUACAAACUGGUUCCAGGCCUUCAGGAAGCGGAAAUGAGGAAACAGAGGGAAUUCUACCACAAGUUAGGCAUGGAAGUGCCUGGAGAUAUCAAGGGGGAGACCUGUUCUGCAAAACAGCACCUAGAUCCCCAUCGGAACGGUGAAACCAAAGCAGAUGACAGUUCGAACAAAGAAGCAGCAGAAGAGAAGCAGGAAGAGGACAAUGACUACCACAGAAGUGACGAGCAGGUGAGCAUCUGUCUGGAGUGCAACAGCAGCAAACUGCGGGGCUUGAAACGGAAGUGGAUCCGCUGCUCGGCCCAAGCAACAGUCCUGCACUUGAAGAAGUUCAUCGCCAAAAAACUUAACCUUUCGUCUUUCAACGAGCUGGACAUUUUAUGCAACGAGGAAAUCCUGGGCAAGGACCACACACUCAAAUUUGUGGUUGUCACAAGGUGGAGAUUCAAGAAGGCGCCGCUCCUGCUCCACUACAGACCCAAGAUGGACCUGCUCUGAGCCUGGCCCUGGGCCGGCUCUGCUGCCCUCCGUGCCACCUGCGGGUGUCGUGGGGACCAGACUUCUGAAUAGAGAGUAUUUAUAACUUUUGUAUGAGAGAAUUCACACUCAGCAAGACACUACCAGCACCACGGUUACAAGACGACAAAACACUUCACAGUCUCAGCGGCAGAAGGGGCGCCUCUCACAGACCAGAUGGUAAACACGGUGGCCAGGCGACCUGUGCUUGCUUCCCAGGCCUUGGAAAUCCGGUCAUUUCCGUUGCAUUUAUGAAUUAGGGUUCAUGCUAAGCCUCAAAAAUCCUUGUACAUUUACUGAACCCUUCCUAAGUUAUUGAAAAAUCUCUCUCCAUGGUGAAUGACAAUAUUUAUGUUGCCUUUAGCUUCCUGAAGACUCAGAAGAUAUAUAAAGGGUUAAUUUUAAAACCAUUCCAUUAAUUCUAUGAGUUUGCCGUGGUAUUUCAUCAUCCACCACGUUAGGAACCGUGACACGCCCAUAGCUCCCCUGCCUGGCCUGGGGCUCUGGGUUCUGAGGCCCCAGGGUGACGGGGGGGCUCCACCUGCUGCUACCCAGACAUGGGCACUCCCCACAGGGUAGACCCAGGUGGCUUGGCCAGCUUAGUGCUGGUUUGCAGAGCCAUUCUUGUUCUUAGACGGGACUGGUGUUCAGUAGGGCUCUGAUCCUUCAGGGACUUAAGUUCCCCACUUAAUUCUUUCCCGGGUUCAUCAUGCUGAAGAGAGAGGUGGUGGCAUUGUGUGGGGUCUCCCUGAGACGGUGCCGUCAGUCGGAGGAGGGCUGGCACCCAGGGCAUGCAGACUGAGGUUCCCGCCAUGUCCACCCCACGCUGCCCCAUGGACAGGGAUGUUGGGGCGGUACCCUCCAGCAAGCUUUGGAGGAGCCUGCUGGCUGCUCUUUAAGUUCCUUGACCUGAAAUGCCAGUCACAGGCAGCACACAUUUUGUCUACCCCUUUCUCCUCCCAAGUGUUAACAUUUUUGUGGGAUUAGUGAAUAAACUCUGACGGCACAUAAGUAUUUGUCCCUUUAAAACAGUAACUGGGAACAUGGAAAGGCAGCAGGAGAAAGCAGCCGUUUUCCAGGGUCGUGAAAGUGUUCUGGGGUUCUGUGGCCAUCCUUGUCCUCUCCAUCUGCCCGCACUGUCCGUUUGUCUGUGAGCUCUGGGUUCCUCCCCCUCGUCCUCAGUCACCCCCAGGCAGCCGCAGCCACCCACCUCCUUUGUUCAUGGAAUGUGUCACCGUCCUGUCUGGAAUUUCUUCUCACAUUUGCUUUGAACGUUAUGGUGGGGUUUUUUCUGUUUCCUUUUCUCUUAUAUACGUGAGACCUAAUCUUGGUGACAAGAAAACCAUUCAAAUUAAUUCAGUCCAAGUGAUUCUAACAUAAGGCCUUUUAGAAGCCUCGAAGCAGGUUCUGUUAGGAAUUGGUCACCAGUCACCCCUCCCUGAAGCCCCUUCACCCCCGGUGCUGUUUGCCGUGUUCAGUUCGCUAGCUUGCUGUCCGUCCGAAACACGUCUGCAGGUUGCUCCACGAGGGUCACUGAGUAGGUGUGUAUGAGUGCAUAUGACCUGUCUACCUCAACAUACACAUUGUUGCUGAAGCCACACUAACCACAGUGUGGUCUGGGCUCUGGCGUUGGAACUCGGCUGUUUUCCUGGGCGGCGGUGGAGGGGAGGGUCCCACAGUGUAAGCAUCCAAAUUCAAACGAUAUCAACUCACAGUUCAGGUCAGACUGAGUGUCGCUGUCAGAAUCUCCUAAUAGAUAUUUGUGACUUUGUAGCUAUCUUUGGAAUCACUUGAAUUUGCUAUGGUGCUAAGUGGAUGUAUUUCGAUACACAGGUGGAGGUGGUCAGGGCCAGCGCUCACACCGCCGGCUGGCUGCUGACCCACCCGUGACCCCCUUUUGUAAUCGUGUUACCCUGACAAAACCUCAGCUGCAGACCUACUAUUUUUCUAAGAUUCCUCAUGCAGACUGUCUUCACUGCAGGGCGUCCCCAGGGACUCACAGCCCUCGGCAGACGGGAGCCCAGAGCCCGUGUCCUGGGGCGACUUCUGUGGUCCCCUCCCCACUGGCACGCUUUCAUUUCACCUCAAAAGGCUGAGUUUCAUUUUUUCCAGCAUGCAAGCCAGGAUCAGUUUCUUUUGUAACAGACGGAGUUCCUGUGAAGUGGUCUUCACGACUGUUGACGCUGGUAAUAACACACGUGCUGUUCAGUCACCUUCCUGCGUCACUGUCACCGGCAGUGGGACCCGCUCCCCAGCACACGGGCUCACUACGUGCAGUUCUCAUGAAGAUAGAAAAUUCAGAUAGAAUAUAUAAUAUUGAAUUUAAGAUUUGGGGGGUUAAAAAAAAAAAAGAAAACUUAACUUUAUAAAAUUAUUUAUUCUAUUUUAAGCCUUCUAUCAUAUUUUCCCAUCCAAUUGUUUGGUUUCCGUGGUCCAGCUUUAUUUACAGGCAUAUAAAAUGAAAUUGUGACAUGUUUUGCAAGCUUCUUCUUUUUACUUUGAGUAGCUUUUAAUUUGUACGUUUUUGUUUCGUAUAGAUGAAGAGCAACAUUCAUGCUUUUGUGCGAUAGGUUCCAAGAUGCAUUUAUUAGAUAUCUGUUUAAAUUGUAAUGUCACAUCUCUUCUGCUAAAUUGAAAGGGAAUGUCGGUGGAAUUUCAAAAUAUGUGCAUUCAGCUAUUUGGUUUUUCCUUCUCACUGUUGUUCCAAGAACGCUGUUCGGGGAUGGUUUGUGUGUGUGCCCCGUGAGAAAACACCUGUCCACAACAUCUGAGGGCGCAUGACCGGGCAGGCAGCUGCCAAGCGCUGUGUGGCCGCCCCAGGUCUCCCGUCUUCAGACCCCGCAUGCUCACAGCCCUGGAUAUGCCACCGCGUAUCGACCAUACGUGGGAUGGUGCUACUCCCCCUGCGGCCCCAGCCCUCCGGGUCCUGCGGCCUCUGAUGCCUCCUUGUGGUAAAGUCUUUAGAAAUUCGUUUCAUUUUUUCCUCAAAGCUCACAGGCGGGCAUUUUAGAGCUUUUUAAAAUGUGUCAUUGAAUCGAUUGUUCUAGGAACAAGCCCGCUGAUUUCUACUUUAUACGUGAAUAUUAGAUACGCUCUCAAGAUGUUGAAAGUAAACAGCGCAGGUAGCCAAAUCAGAAAAUACCCAGUUUCUCUGUUUCCUCAGGAAAUCAUUAACACUCCAGCAUAUCACGUGUGACCUUUGCGUGAUAAGCCAGUGGGUUUCUCUGCCUUGGUAUUUCAACAAACUACAGAAGUUGGGAUAAGUAGAUUAGAAAACCAUUAUUCACACUAACCAUAAUUUUGCAAAGGUUCUGUCCCUGCCAGGCAGGGACCCAGGUGGCGCGGCCGGGCCACCAGCCCACCGAGGAGGCUCUGCCUGCACAACCCACCCCCCCACCCUCCACCUGCAUCGCGUGUGGGUCACCACAUCCAUGAGCGCAUCUGAAGGAUGGACUGACGUUUGAGUGUCCCCUAAAAUGUGUGUAGCAUUAGUGUAAAUGUCUAUUCCGACAGUUUAAUUGGGUCUAAGGAAACCAUUUUUCCCCAAAUGAAGGGUCCAGGGGUGUGAGCCACCAUUAGCCUGAUCGUCACACGUGUUGCGGUUUACUGAGAUGACAAUGCAGAUACAUAUUUUUGACUGUUUAAUUUGAAAGUUUACAUUUUUUAUGCUUUGUGUUGGUGUGUAAUUUUUGUACUAUUGGUGGCUAGUUUUUGUCUAAAAUCUUUUUUGGAAUAUUGCUUAAAUGUUUUGAUUUUAUGAUAGUGAAGCUUGUACUCAGUGUUUUGCCAAUUAAUAUUAUAUGCUUGUAAUAAAAGCAAAAGAAAAACUUACCUAAAA